AUGAGCUUGGUAAUAAGAAUAAUUCUUUUUAUGGUAACAUUUUGUUAUUAUGCAGAAAUAAAAAAAAAUACCGUCGGUAAAAUAUCUUAUUAUAAUAUUAUAUUUGUGAGAGCAAAAAAAAAUUUUAAAAAAAGUAUGCAUCAAUUUCCACUGAACUCAAAAAGAAAUAGUAAUUUUGAAGGAACAAAAAGAAACCAUAAUAUUGUAAAAUAUGAGAGCAGAAAAAGAAGACAUUUUUUUUUAAAUUCACGAGUAGGUGAAAAAAAAGGCCAAUCGGAAAUAAAGAGGAAAAUAAUAAAGGAUGAAGAUAAGUACAAUAUUAUAAAAGAUAUAAAAAAAUAUUGUGAAUGUACCAAGAAAUAUAAGAGACUACCAACAAGAGAAGUAACAAUUGGUAAUGUAAAAAUUGGUAAUUAUAACAAUAUAGCUAUUCAGACUAUGACAAAUUGUGACACUAGAAAUAUAGAAGAAUGUGUUAAUCAAAUAAAAAAGUGUAAAGAUUUAGGUGCAGAUAUGGUAAGACUAACGGUUCAGGGGGUACAAGAAGCGGAAGCAAGUUAUCAUAUUAAAGAAAAAUUAUUAUCUGAAAAUAUUACCAUUCCUUUAGUAGCUGAUAUUCAUUUUAAUCCAAAAAUUGCUUUAAUGGCAGCAGAAGUAUAUGAAAAGAUUAGGGUCAACCCAGGUAAUUUUGUGGAUGGAAGAAAAAAAUGGAUAAAUAAAGUAUAUAAAAAAAAAGAAUUUGAAGAAGGCAAAUUAUUUAUUAAAGAAAAAUUUGUACCAUUAAUUGAAAAAUGUAAAAGAUUAAAUAGAGCUAUAAGAAUAGGAACCAAUCAUGGUUCUUUAUCCUCUCGAAUACUUUCCUAUUAUGGUGAUACUCCUCUAGGUAUGAUUGAAUCAGCCUUUGAAUUUUCAGAUUUAUGUAUAGAGAAUAAAUUUUAUAAUAUCGUUUUUUCAAUGAAGGCAUCUAAUGCAUAUGUAAUGAUACAGUCUUAUAGGUUAUUAGUUGCUAAGCAGUAUGAGAGAGAUAAAAAUGGUUUGAUAUUCCCAAUGCACUUAGGGGUUACAGAAGCAGGUUUUGGUGCUAAUGGAAGAAUAAAAUCUUAUCUAGGUAUAGGGUCCUUAUUGUAUGAUGGAAUAGGUGAUACGAUAAGAAUUUCUUUAACUGAAGAUCCAUGGGACGAGCUAGCUCCUUGUAAAAAAUUAAUUGAAAAUUUGAAAAAAAGAAUAUUUUAUACAGAUAAAAAGGAAGAAGCUAGUUACUCAGUUAUGAAGAAGCAAAAUAAGGAGGGACCAAACUACAGUAGAGAUACCCCAAACAAUGAUAAUGAUGUAACUGUGAUGAAGAAUAGUCUUAGUAGAGAAAUUCAGUCAUGUAGUCCUGAAAAAAAAGAAGAGGCAAUAAUAUAUAAGGCAAAGGAGAACAGUACUGUCCAUAGUGAUACUGAUGUAUACCAAACGAUUGAACACUGGAAUAGUAACUGCCUAAACUUCGAGGAAAAUUUUCGAGACUUUAACAAUAUAGUAAAGAAUAGAGUUGACAAAAAAGUAAAAAGUGAUGUGCUACAUGAAGAAUGUACAGUGGGCAAUGUAGUUACAGUAAAAGAAUUAGAAGACUCUCUUCAAAUUUUUAAAGACUUAAAUAUAGAAUUAGAUCAAAAUGGAAAUUUAAAAAAAGGAGCCAAAACUACGGAUAUAAUUAUUAUUGACAAAUUUGAAACAUUAACAGAUUCAGCAAAAAAAACUGUUAAAAAAUUAAUCGAAAUAGGAUUACAUGUAUUAGUACAGCAUCAACCACAAAAUAUAGAUAUUGUUAAAAAAUUAAAAAUAAAUGAUAGUAGUAGUAGUUAUAAUAAUAAUAUAAUAUUUUACACUCACUUGGAAAAUAUGGACAAUAUUUUAGAAUAUUACAAAGAUGAGAUGCAAAAAAAUAACUCAAAAGGUUAUGCACUAAUUUUAAACGGAAAAGAAAACAUUAAAAUGGUAGAAAAAAUAAAAAAUUUGGAUCCUGCUCCAUUAUUUCUUCUAUUAAGAUCAGAUACUGUAUUUGAGCAUGUAUUAGUUACUAGAAGGGUAAAUGAAAUUAUACAUUCCUUAGGUAUUAAUGUACCCUAUAUACAUUAUGUAGACAUCCAUUCAACAUAUUAUGAAGAUAUCCUAGUUAAUGCAUCGUUAUAUGUGGGAACAUGUUUAAUUGAUUUAAUGGGUGAUGGACUGAUUAUUAAUGUAACAAAUUACUCUUCUGCUGCCACUAACACUGCCACUGUUGCUAAUGCACAAAAGGAUGAGAAACAACAAAUAUCAAGUCGUGUUUCUUUAAACUCAUUUUUAACUCUAAAUAUUCUACAGGAUACUCGUAUUCGUUUAUUUAAGACGGAUUAUAUAGCUUGCCCUUCUUGUGGCAGAACCUUAUUUAACAUCCAAGAAACAACUAAAAAAAUUAUGAAAUUAACAGGUCAUUUAAAAGGGGUUAAAAUUGCUAUUAUGGGAUGUAUUGUCAAUGGGAUCGGAGAAAUGGCAGAUGCACAUUUUGGCUAUGUUGGAAGUGCACCUAAAAAAGUUGACUUGUAUUAUGGAAAGGAAAUAGUAGAAAGAAAUGUACCAGAAGAAGAAGCCUACGACAAACUGAUAGAGUUAAUUAAGAAGCACAACAAGUGGCAGGACCCGUAA